GAUGAGCAAAGAGGCGCAAUUUAGUGCCCAACGUAGCUAGUAUUUUAAAGUACACCUCAUACAACCUGUACCUGCACUUCGCUGAACCAUGGCCAACAAAGCGAACAAGGAUGGUGUGAAUUUUCAGCAACACCUUUUCUACUACCAGAUCGGUUUGUGCCACCAGCAUAAAGAUCGUGAAUACUCCAUCCUGUACGAAGGGGCCGAUAGUAUCUACGGAGCAUUCGAUGAUGUCAUUCUUAAGGAGGAAGGUCCCACGCCCGGACUCCUCUUCUUUCAGGCAAAGCAGGUACUGGAUUCCAACAAAGUCAUUUCCCUGGACGAUGUGUUCGACAUGAAGAAAGGUAUAGUAAAGUAUAUGGAAUCGUACGGUUCAUAUCUUGGGAAUCAUCAGUGCCAAAAGGACGGCACUCCAAACGAAGCAAUCUACUGGACAUCCCAAGCGAUCCACGAAAGCACAACCAAACGGUUUCUACAGCCUUGCCAAGACACUCGAUUACCCUUACAAUCGGUGGGUCCGGCCAUAAAAAAGUAUCGGAUUGAAGAUUGGAAAACGCUGCUGCUGUUCGAUAUCGCUUGGAAAUGGGCGAAAAUCUGUAACCCAAAAGCUGAAUCGAAGCAGAGUGCAGAGUAUAUCUGCAAUGCGGUGGCGAAUGCUCUGGCCUAUGAAAUAUUGGAAAUCAUUGAGGAUGAUAAAGUGAUGUUCCGCGAAGGGUUUCUGUUGAAAGAACCGCAAUAUUUAGCAUCUGUGUCGGAUAAAGCGCGAUCGUUUCGAGAACAGUUUCGAUUGGCUUGCCAACUGCAGCAGAGAAAAAGUGAAUUCGAUAUAAAAUGUUUCAAAGAUGUUUCCUACGAGGCGAAACUAUUCGGACUUAAAGCGAGUGAUGCGCGAGCGGAUUCUGUCAGGUUCGAGCACAAAAAUUUGGAUGAAGGCAAACUUGAACAGUUUUUCCAUGCCUUUCGAUACUACACGGAAGUGCCGAAAGGAGAAGAGAUGCUGAAAAUACUAAAAAGUUUAUUCAACGGUGAUUUUGAAGAAAAACUGUUUGAAAAUCACCUUAUACCGAAACAAACAUCGAGCAAGAAGGUUCAGACCGAUCAAUACAUUAACCGUGUGCAUGUGAAUUCUUUGAUUGAGAUGAUUAAACUAAAAAGUCUGUAUAUAGCACCGAGAAUAUCGGGUGUUACGUUUAGUGAAGAAAGCUCGGUCGAUUUAAGGAAGUGCCUUGAAAAGUUCACAGAUCAAGCGAAGGGAGAUCGCCUACUAGAGAUAUAUGCGCCUUACGUCCUAGAAUGGACUGCUUAUCGUGUGGAAAAGGAGCUACUCAAAUUUUGCACGUGCAUAGUGAUAAAGGAAAAAGAUUUGGCAAUGUUAUUCGAAAAGUUGAGCCAAAUUUUAGAGACCCACCUCGAAAAUGAGCUAAGCGUUAUAGUAGUGUUAAACGUGGAUGCAUCCGAUAUGGAAGAGACGAACAAAUUGCUUAAGAAAGUGAAACGAAUUAUCCACAUAUCAUCCAACUCGUUACCGGGUUCAAACUAUCAAGAUGAGCUCUUGGAACAACACGUUGAAAUGGACUUUGAUCAAUUUAGUCACAUAAACUUGAUACUGGACGACAGAUUACUACCGAAUACAACCAUUAUCCAUGAAGAGGAAUUCAAAUCCAUCCAAAAGCGCGCCGAGCUGUAUCAAAUACAACAAAUUGACGUGAAAUCCGAUCUGUAUAUGCCAGAAGAACGGUUUUACAUCAGACGUACAUUAACGGAUGAUCAUAAUCUUGAGAUAACGAACGAACAAUUAAAGCACGAAAGCCAGCAACGUGUCACAGUCAUAGUCGAUACGGCCGGUCAAGGAAAGACGAUUGAGCUUUUGCGAAUCGCAAGAUUUCUAAACGAGGGCGAUGGUAUCUGUUUAUUCUUUAGAGCCCGAACGAUUGCAGAUAAGCUUAGGAGAGAUACACCUGAAUCAUGUAUGUCAUUAAACGGGUGGGAUGAUUUCAUAAAACUGUUACAAAUUGCACCAUCGAGCGAUGUUGUUAGGAAUAUAGUAGUACAGUAUUUGGCACAGUACGAACAGCUAUACGUUGUCGUUGACGGACUCGAUGAAAUAGUGGAGACCUAUCAGGAUUAUGUUAUUACCGUCAUUAGAAAACUGAUUGCUUCAAAACCAUUGACGGUAAUAAUUGCGGCCAGAACGGAAUUGAAACCAAAGCUUAAGGCAGCAUUCAACCAUGCCGAUUUUUAUCAUCUAGACCAAUUCGCUUAUCAAGCAUACUUUGAAGAACUUUGGCUCAACAAUAGCGCAGAACCGGCGACAGACACAGUUCGACAGAAUGUGGAGUUUUUUCUGAAACACUUUGAUUCCAUUCUUAAGCGUGCUGGUUGUAAAUCUUUUCUUGAGGUACCGCAGCUGUGCAAAAUAAUGGGAACGAUUUACAAGGAGCGAAUUAAGAGAGAGAACUUUCUGCUCUAUAACAACUACGAAAUAGGUUCCAUUUAUGACACAUUUAUCGCUUGCCAGUUUGGAAAUUUAAUUUGCCACUCAUUCGAUAGCCAACUCGAGACGCACGUGCUGGCAACCGAAUUAAUGAAAAACUAUUUCGAUGAAAAUCAUGAAAAGCUGGCGUAUGAUAUUGAAUGUAGCACCCAGUUUGGUAGACAACAAUAUCACAAACUUGCACUUUUCGGCUUAGUCCGCCUAAAUCCUACCAUCGGCGAUAGAUCGAAAAGUGGAGUUGAAUUCAUUCAUCGCACUGUGUUGGAAUAUUUUUUGGUUCGCUACUUUUUAACGCAUGAUGUAGAGGCAUCACAUUUUGUUCAAUUCAUGAAGCGAUAUUUCUGUGUGUCGAGGGUUAAUGUAGCAGAUAAAUUUAUCGAUUUCUUUCUGAAUGACGAAACGUUGCUGUGUAAAGCGACUCGUAGAAAAAUAAAACGGUUCUUGGAACAGGACCCACAGCAGCUUGCAACAUACGUUCGAAUCGCUCUCAAUAACGCAACAUUUAACACGUUGAGACUACUCCUGCGCGAGGCUCCUUCCGUCGCUGUUCAAAGUCUAGAAUUUCGUUUUGGUGGAAUCCAGGAUUCGAAAAAGGAAAAUGUAUCAAACGAAAUCAAUCUGAAGCGACUCGGAGAAAGACAGUUAUUGCUUUUGCUGGGCAUACUGCAAAGAAUUGAUUCAAGCAAUGCGCUCAUUUUAAAUUUGAUCCUCGAACACGAUCUAAAUGAGGAGGAUAUCAUCGAGGUUGCUAUAAGGAAACCGUUUCCCGAAGUUUUCGACGAGAUCAUGUUGCUCUUUGCCGAUAUUCAAAAACAAGACACUGUCGCUUACACAAAGUACAUUACAUCCCGACUUUCACGUUACGUUCGCACUCUCGUAAUUCACUGUUAUGUUUCAAGCGAGCAGCUGAUGGUAGACAAGUUAAGAAAGAUAUGCAUCGAACAGAUAGAAGCAGACGUUAUCCGAAGGGUCUUGACAACUUUCGAUUUGCUGGAUGAAGUUCUAUCGUGUAUUGAAACGGUUCCAAAGGGUAAACGUUUUAUAGAGGAGGCUCGUUGCGAUAUAUUGAAAAAAAUACUGUCGUUUCUCGAAAUGUACCUGAAGGAAGACGAUCUACGUUCACGCAAGGUCCAGCAUGCCGCAAAGGUGGCAACAUUGCAACACGAAUCAUUAAGAACCUUGCUGGAGCACUGGUUGGAAUGAAGAGUAUUACUGAAUCUUGACAAUGCAGGCUUAAAACUGAGUUGGUAGCUACUAAUAUUAUCAUAUUUAUGCCCGAAUAGUAGCUUUAAAUAAUAUAUUUUCAUUAAAUGCAACAAAUCCAAAGGGAAACAUUCGGGCCCACAGGGACAGUGCUUAAAGCUUAUAGGACAGAGAGACCUUAAACAAAUUGUAUACUCUUUUUUAUGUUUGUUUUAUCCAUUUUAUACA